AGAGGUCGGAUUAAACACAAGACAACCUCCCCUCCUUUAGCUUCGGCUUUGAGCGAAACUAACCAAUCAGCGCACACGGUCCGCUUGAUUGACAAGCGGUCGGUGUCCGCUUACUCGAGCGCUGUUCAGACGUAUGCACGUGUCUUUUCAUGUUUCCCACAGCAGUGGGCAGACAGAGACUCGCGCUUACACCCUAAACGCGGUCGGUUUUAAAUAUAACUAAACGUUUAGAGACACACAUUAGUUCUCUCACGAUAAAAAGGCACAACGUACAGAUGCUUUUAUGAGCAUGCAUGAGAGAACUGCGUUGUGUUUUCCAGUCUAAUGUAGUCGGGUUUGUUAUGUAGGUCAGACCAGGCUUAAGCAGCUUUACUGAACCUGCGUCAGCUUAAGCUAAAAGGAAUUCCAGCAAAGCCCUCCCCGGGUAGGCGUGGGCCUAAUCGAGGCUGGCCUAGUUAAGCCUGAUUCUUUUUCAAACGUCCCUGUGUGCUUAGGAGCCGGUUUGUGCAUGUGUGUGUUGUUUAAUCGAGGCAAGCAGUGCAGCAGCCUGCUCACACAAGUGAGUGUCCUCCAGAAUAAGAUACAGCAUACAAGACACAGGAAAGCGAAGAAGAGAAGACGGAGUCUAGAGCAUUGAGACCAGCCUAAAAAGCAAGAUGUCUACCAUAUACAUGACAAACAGCAUGGUUGGCAAGGCACGCUCCUCAAACUUCACCCUGUCUGAAAAACUGGAUCUUCUGCGUCUGGUCCAGCCUCACAUACACAUUUUGGAGGAGCACACCAACAAGCAUGCCGUGAUUGUGGAUAAGAACCGAUCCUGGGACAGCAUAGCCGAGCGCUAUAACAGUUUGGGAGGUGAGAGACCACCAAGAACGGCUCAGGGCCUUCGGACUCUCUAUAAACGACUUAAAGAAAGUGCCAAACAGGAGGUUCUUCAGCGAAGCCACGCCCAGCCUGCAUACAGAAGCAGCAUCUCGGAGCCAACCAAACGUAUCAUGGAAAUGAUUCCUCAACUCUUUCAUGUGGGGGACAAAGAUCAAAGUGCACUCCACAGGCUUCAGUUCAAGAGGAUUUCUCGAGUGCUAGACCAGCCGGGCAGUAGUCUGUCCGUCCAAGUGUUGUCGGGAUAUCCACCCGAUGAAGUGAUAAGGGAAGAGUCAGAAGACGUGAAGCCCCCGCCUGAUAUCCAACUGAUUACGACACACAGUUCGCCAGGUACUUCCCCAACGAGUCAGGCCCACCACGGACAGAACGAGAGAGAAAAUGAGGUGGUGGAAGAUGAGGAAGAUGAGGAUUUGGUUUCCCACGUGUAUGCAGCCUCUCUCUCUCCGUGCCCCUCCUCCGUACACUUGCCGCUCUCACCAUCAGCACCCGCCCCUACUCGGAGUCUGUAUCAUAGGGGCAGGGUAGCUUUCAAAAGUCCUGUGUUUGAGGCUGAAAUGUUGCAGAUGAUGAGAGAGGAACAUGAGCUGCUUCUGGCCAAUCAUAGAAAGCUUGGGCUCUAUCUGGAAGAGAAGAGAGAGGGGCUUAAACGAAAGCAACAAUUGGAGGAGGAGCUUCUGAGGUCAAAGGUCAAAGUGGAGAAACUGAGGGUCGCCAGACUUCGCCAUGGGCUGCCAACGAUGUAACGCGUGACGUAAUGUCAUGUAUAAAAUGUAGCAAAAAGGGAACAACUUUUGUGUUGCUGAACUAACCAUGUGUUAUAAGGCUGGUAUUAUGCAGACUUGUUUAUACAGUCCUACAGUUCUUUCAUGUUUGUACAGGUUUUUAUUCGGUUCAUGUUUGAACAAGGCUUACUCUCAUGUCUGUGGGAGGAAUUACCAUUUUUGUGUGUGAGUGCGUGAUUGGACAAGCAACUUUUUGUAUGUUGUCACCAAUAAAAUUGUAUUUUGAUUUCUGAAA